CUUUCUCCAAAAUCAUCAGUGUCAUAUAAGCAACAGCACAACAAAUUUGCAAGCCAACUCCUAGCACAAACGUAUUCAGCAGAUGCAUGUAGCAUUUGCCUUGAGGCUUUCUGUGAGAGUGACCCUUCUGCAUUGACCAGCUGCAAACAUGAGUUCCAUCUCCAAUGCAUUCUGGAAUGGUGUCAGAGAAGUUCACAGUGCCCAAUGUGUUGGCAGCCAAUUAGUAUGAAGGAUCCUACCAGCCAGGAGCUGCUUGAGGCAGUAGAAUGCGAGAAGAACAUAAGAACCAAUCAAACUCGAAACACAACUAUAUUCCAUCAUCCUGCUCUUGGGGAUUUUGAGCUGCAGCAUGUACGUUUUACGAAACUACUUAAUGAUACGUUUCUUUUAGCCUUACCGAUGGCUGAUGACUGGACCACCACCUACUGCAUCAACGAAGAUGGAUUCCCCAAGGUGCUUUAUGCUGCCACUGUGCGACUUGGUAUUCCGGAACGUCCGGAGUACAUCGGUCGUGAGUUCAUGGAGCAUGGCACCGAAAGCUGUGAGGUCACCAUCCAGAUUGGCGCCAGUGACAAGUACUUGGAGAUGCAACCAUGA